GUUCCACACGCUGACGCUCUAGCAACCGGCCGGCAGCGCCGUUUCCAAGGACGCUCGCGCCUCCACCUUUCGGCCGCGAGAGGCGUGCCUAGGACCCUGACUCCGGAAUCCGGCUUCGCUCAGCCCAGCAGACCCGGACUCGGGGCCGCUAGCAGCCCGAGAUGGGCAGCAAUGACGCCUGCCUUAUGGCUAGGAUCAUUUACUAUAGCCAGGAAAAGUACUUCCACCACAUGCAGCAGGCUGUGGCUGUGGGCUUGGAGAAAUAUAGCAACGACCCUGUGUUGCAGUUCUUUAAAGCCUAUGGAGUCCUCACGGAAGAGCACAUCCAGGAUGCCAUCAGCGACCUGGAGAACAUCCAGAAUCACCCAGACGUGUCCUUGUGCUCCACCAUGGCCCUCAUUUAUGCUCACAAAUGCUGUGAAACCAUCGACCGAGAAGCAAUCCAGGAGCUAGAGUGCAGCCUGAAGGAAUUACGCAGGACAGCCAGUGAUACUGCCCUGUACUAUGCCAGCCUCUUCCUCUGGCUCGUAGGCCGCCAUGACAAGGCCAGAGAGUACGUUGACCGCAUACUGAAGGUCUCCUGUGGCUCCAGAGAAGUACCCACCACAAGCGUCAUGAGGGCCUUUGUGCUCCGAGGCUGGAUGGACCUCACCUCAGACAAGCCCCACGUUAUGAAGAAAGCCAUCAGGUACCUAGAGCAAGGCAUUCAGGACACCAAAGAUGUGCUGGGGCUGAUGGGAAAGGCAACGUACUUCAUGAUACAGCAGAACUACUCAGAGGCCCUGGAGGUGGUUAACCAGAUCACUGUGGCCUCAGGGACCUUCCUGCCAGCCUUGGUCCUGAAGAUGCGGCUGCUCUUGGCUCGGCAGGACUGGGAGCAGACGGUAGAAGCAGGACACAGAAUCCUAGAAAAAGAUGAAAGCAAUAUUGAUGCCUACCAAAUUCUAGCUGUGCAUGAGCUUACAAGAGAAGGGAACAUGGCUGCAGCUGCCGAUCACGUUAGAAAUCUGAUUAAGGCACUAGAAAUGAGAGAGCCCCAAAAUCCAAGCCUCCAUCUUAAAAAAAUUCUUGUGAUUAGCAGACUGUGUGGCAGGCACCAGGCAGUUCUGCAGCAAGUGUGCAACUUCAUCGAGCGCAUCUUCAUGGCCACACCGUCCUACACCUGUGCAGCCACGGAACUGGGCUAUCUCUAUGUCCUGCGGAACCAAGUAAAGGAGGCCUCCCUGUGGUACUCGGAGGGCGUGAAACUGAACCAGAACCAGAACAGAACGGCUGCUAUGACAGGGAUGAUCUGGUGCCAGAUCUUAGAAGGCCAACUGGAAGAGGCUGAGAACCAGCUGGAGUUCCUGAAGGAAGUGCAGCAGUCCCUUGGGAAGUCUGAGGUGCUGAUCUUCCUCCAAGCCCUUCUGGCAUCCAGGAAGCACAAGGGGGAGCAUGCUGCCACGGCGCUCCUGAAAGAGACAGUAGAGCUUCACUUCUCCAGCAUGCAGGGCCUCCCCCUGGGCUCUGAGUACUUUGAAAAGCUGGACCCCUACUUCCUGGUCUACAUUGCCAAGGAGUACUUGCUCUUCUGUCCCAAGCAGCCCCGGUCACCAGGCCAGAUCGUGUCUCCACUUCUUAAACAAGUUACCGUGAUCUUGAAUCCUAUAGUCAAAGUAGCACCAGCUCUGGUUGACCCCCUGUAUGUGAUGGCUCAGGUCAAGUAUCUCUCAGGAGAGCCAGAGAAUGCCCAGAGCACCCUGCAGCGUUGCCUGGAGCUGGACCCCACCUCCGCGGACGCCCACCUCCUCAUGGCCCAGAUCUACCUGGCCCAGGGCAACUUUGCCAUGUGCUCCCACAGCUUGGAGCUGGGUGUCAGCCACAAUUUCCAGGUUCGAGACCACCCCCUCUACCACUUCAUCAAGGCCAGGGCCCUUAACAAGUCUGGUGACUAUCCAGAGGCAAUAAAGACACUGAAAAUGAUCGUGAAAUUGCCAACUCUGAAGACGGAAGAAAGCAAGAAGUUCCGCAGGCCCUCUGUGCAGCCCAGCGAGCGGGUGUCCAUCUUACUGGAACUGGUCGAUGCCCUCCGGCUGAAUGGGGAGCUGCACGAGGCCACCAAGGUCAUGCAGGAUGCCAUCAACGAGUUCAGCGGCACACCAGAGGAGGUCCGCAUCACCAUCGCCAACGUGGACCUGGCCCUGAGCAAGGGCAACGUAGACAUGGCUCUGAGUGUGCUGAGGGGCAUCACACCCAAGCAGCCCUGCUACGUGGAAGCCAUGGAGAAGAUGGCCAACAUCUACCUGCAGACCCGCAAAGACAUCCGCCUCUACAUCGGAUGCUACCGUGAGCUUUGUGAACAACUGCCUGGCCCCCACACUAGCCUCCUACUGGGCGAUGCUUUCAUGAACAUUCAGGAGCCCGAGAAGGCCCUGGAGGUCUAUGACGAGGCCUAUAGGAAGAAUCCGCACGACGCCUUUCUGGUCAGCAGGAUCGGGCAAGCUUAUGUGAAGACCCACCAGUACAGCAAGGCAAUUAAUUAUUAUGAGGCUGCCCAGAAGAUUAGCGGACAGGACUUUCUGUGCUGUGACCUGGCUGAACUGCUCCUCAAAUUAAAGAAGUUCAACAAGGCAGAAAAAGUUCUGAAACAGGCACUGGAACACGAAUUUGCCAAAGACAUCCCAUCCAUGAUGAAUGAUGUUAAGUGCUUGCUUUUGCUGGCAAAAGUUUACGAGAGCCAGAAAAAAGAAGAUGUUAUAGAGACUUUGAACAAGGCCUUGGACCUCCAGUCUCGGAUACUGAAGCGGGUUCCACUAGAGCAACCAGAAAUGAUCCCGUCCCAGAAGCAAUUGGCUGCCUGUAUCUGCACCCAGUUUGGAGAGCACUACCUGGCAGAGAAGGAGUAUGCCAAGGCAGUGAAGGCUUAUAAGGAUGCUCUCUCCUACUCGCCCAUUGACAACAAGGUGGUGUUGGAGCUGGCGCAGCUCUACCUGCUCCAGGGGCACCUGGACCUGUGCGAGCAACACUGUGCCAUCCUCCUGCAGACUGAGAAGAACCACGAGACCGCCUCUGUGAUGAUGGCCGACCUGCUGUUUAGAAAACAGAAUUAUGAAGCAGCCAUCAAUCUCUACCGCCAAGUCCUGGAGAAAGCACCAGAUAAUUUUUCGGUAUUGAGGAAAUUAAUCGAUCUGCUACGAAGAAGUGGCAAACUUGAAGACGCUCCUGCCUUCUUUGAAUUGGCCGAGAAGGUGUCCAGCCGGGUGCCUUUGGAGCCCGGGUUCAACUACUGCCGAGGCAUCUACCGCUGGCACAUAGGGCAGCCCAACGAAGCCUUGAAGUUCUUAAACAAGGCGCGUAAGGACAGCACUUGGGGCCAGAGCGCCACCUACUACAUGGUGCAGAUCUGUCUGAACCCAGACAACGAGAUUAUGGGCGGAGAGGCUUUUGAGACCUUGGUGGCUGAGAGCAACUCCACCGACAGGAAGGAGACGGAGCAGCAUGGCGUGCGCACAGCCGAGAAGCUGCUGCGUGAGUUCUACCCGCACUCGGCCUUAGGCCACACGCAGCUGCGGCUGCUGCAGGGCCUGUGCCUGCUGGCCACCAGGGAGAAGGCUAACGUGGAGGCGGCGCUGGGCAACUUCAUCGAGAUGGCGCAGGCCGAGAAGGACAGUGUCCCCGCCCUGCUGGCCUUGGCGCAGGCCUAUGUGCUCCUGAAGCAGAUCCCCAAGGCACGCACGCAGCUGAAGCGCCUGGCCAAGGCCCCGUGGAUGCUGGCCGAGGCUGAGGACCUGGAGAAGAGCUGGCUCCUGCUGGCCGACAUCUACUGCCAGGGCGGCAAGUUCGACCUCGCCUCGGAGCUGCUGCGGCGCUGCGUGCAGUACAACAAGCGCUCCACAGAGGCGCUGACCGCCUUUCCCUGCAGUCCUGCUGCAAGGCCUACGAGUACAUGGGCUUCAUCAUGGAGAAGGAGCAGUCCUACAAGGACGCAGCCAGCAAUUACGAGCUGGCCUGGAAGUACAGUCAUCAGGCCAACCCUGCCAUUGGUUUCAAACUCGCUUUCAACUACUUGAAGGACAAGAAAUUUGUGGAGGCCAUCGAAGUCUGCCACAGCGUCCUCUCAGAACACCCCAACUAUCCCAAGAUAAGAGAGGAAAUUUUGGAAAAGGCCCAGGGGUCCCUGAGGCCCUAGCUGUGGUUAGAGGGGCCCAAGCCAGCCGAAGCCAUCAAUCUACUGAAGUUGUAUGGAGGAGCGAGAAGAGGGUGGGUAGAGAAGGGACUCAGAAAAUGACAUAUUCUUCCCUGUUACUGUUUUUGGUUUAUUUUAAUUCAUGUCUCAUCUGGCCUAAAGGACAUCCCAAAGCUUUAUGUUUUUAAGGCACAGGAAGUAAUUUUGCUCUGGAAAGAAAGAUAUCAACUGGCUUAACGUCUGCUGGGCUCAUUGGAUACUUUCUAAUAGACCUCACUUUUAACCCAGGCUCUGUGAGGGGGCAUCGGGGACAAAGAUGGAGCUCCCAGUAGAAUGGUGGUUAGAAAAAUACCCUACAGCUAUUUUUAAAUUGUUGCCUUCCCUCUCUUGCCUGGUUCCCAGCAUCCUAGAGCUAAAGAAGCAACUGUUCCCCCCUGCCAUGCUACCCACCGAGUCUGCCUGGCAGUGGGCCCAGGCAGGAGGACCAGCUGCAGAAGGCCCUCACAGCAGAGGCCCUGUGUAAGAGGGACUACGGGUGGCAAGGGCCAUUGUCCUUCACUGUCCAUACAUCUGUCUCCCCUUAUCCACUCCCCAAGUCUUCAGCUGGCUUCUGCUGGUCUUUAACAGUUUGGGACAAGCCUGUUCACCCUUGCCUGGCACAGGAAAAUACAUACCCAGAAAAAGUAGUCUCCACUUAGCUUUUGUAAAGGACAUUACCAACUAAUUCAUCCUCCAGAAACCCUUUUAAUGCCUAAGGUGGCAAAUGCAGUGGUCCCUAUUUAGAUGAAUAAUGUUAAUUGCAACUAGCAAGAGGGUGACAGAGGUCACCUUUGCUGUGCUCCCAAUACUGCUCUUCCUGUUUUUCAGGAUGGCAAUAAUGGGCCAGUCUGGCCUCAGGGGAAGGAACUCUGAACUGGGAGUCAGGAGGCCUUCGGAUCUCCCCAUGUGAUCUUCUCAAAUCCCUUCCCCUCUCUGGGUCUCAGUGUCCCCAUCUGUGGCAGGAAAUUAGAUUUGUUACCCAAAUCAUGGUACCACUCUCUGCCAGUGAUAUACAGCAAACAUUUAAAGUUUAA